AAGUCAUGGAGAAGAUCUGAUGGAAUAGACGGAAGUAGGAAGGAAGAACAAUGGAGGAAGGAGAUUUAAUUGUCUUUUCGGAUGAGGUGUGGCUGCUUUCCUUCGGGAAAGUGUCACUAUAUAACGUGACAUGUGUCCCUGCUCCUUCUAGUGUGCAUCACCGUCGACAUGAAGCUCCAGGUCGUCAUCAAAAUUACCGGCUUCUUGGCAUACUUCGCCCUAGCCCUGUGGCUGUCCAGCGCGCAGGAACACAAUACUGGACUCCAGCAAUCUGUCGCUCCGAUAUCGUUAUGGCAACUUGUGGACAAUCUACUCAACAAAAUGCGACCUAUUUUGUGAAUCCGGGAUACCCAUCUGCUUUCGAUGGGACUGGUUCAUGUCAGUUGACUAUCCACAAAGCUCAUCCUGAAGUCUGUCAGUAUAGAAUUGAUUUUGAUAAAUUUGUUCUUGCUGCACCUGAACCAGUCAAUAAUGUCUGUAACAAUGAUCAGUUUAUUGUCUCUGGAGGCAAUCCUAUUCCAGGUAUUUGUGGUGUCAAUAGUGGAAAUCACAUGUAUGUGAAUGCAGGAUCUGGUAAUAACAGCCCAAUUACUUUAACAGUAGUCACAAGUGGUCCUUCUUUUGGAAGGAUGUGGAAGAUGAAAAUAUCACAAAUUCCUUGCAACUCUAUUUAUAGAGCUGAAGAAGGAUGUCUUCAAUACUUUACUGGAGUUUCUGGUCAGGUUAAAUCAUUCAAUUACGAUCCAGUGAGUGGACUUCAACUUUCAAACCAGGAUUAUAGUGCCUGUAUAAGGGUAGAAAGAAAUUUCUGUGGCAUACAAUACACAGCAUGCUCUGACCUCACAAACAACCGUUCUCAUGCUUUCGCUCUGAGUGGAGACACAAGUGGUCAAAAUCCUGUAACAUCGAUGGUAGGAGGUAUAGGGCCAAGUUCAUGUGCAAGUGACUGGAUUAUUAUACCAUGUGCUACUAAUGUUGGUCGUCCACCAACUUCUGCACCAACGUGUGUUGAUAGAAUUUGUGGAGGAACUUUUAGCAGUGAAGUUUCAACUACAGCAGCUACAGUACAGUAAAGCCAUUUAGGAUUGUCGUACAUACUGACAAUGUUGAAGCUCCAAAUGAUGUCGGGAAUACAGGUUUUUGCUUGAAUUAUGUUCAACAGCCUUGUACAACAAGAAUGAACUAA